AUGAUCUAAAAAAUAGUGCGCAAUUAUUACAGUCUUAUAUUGAUACCUUUUCCAGACAUUUCUUUAUUCAUGAGAAAUUUAUUCCAAUUAUCCGUGUCACUGCACUUGGCGUAUCAAAUAAUGAAGAUUCGAACUUACCUGAUAUGCAAGUAAAUUUGACCUCAUACACAGAUGGUCGUACACGGAUAGUAGAAGUAACAAAAAAUAUGGCUGAAGACAUAAUACAAGGGAAAAUGAAAAUCGAUGAGUUGGAUAUAGGAGAACUAGAUCGUCGAUUGAGUGUAGCCCAAUUCUCUGAACCUCAACUUCUCAUACUCUUUUCACCAAAAAUUGAGCUUGAAGGCUUUCCACCUUGGCAUAUUCAUCUUACUGAAAUAUU